AAGGCAUCUUGUUGACACUGAGUUACCUGAGAAAUGGCCACACGCCUCAGAUCGGCUGCUAAGCAGUGCACGGUGAUCGGCGGGUCGGGGUUCCUGGGCCAGCACCUGGUGGAGCAGCUCCUGGAGAAGGGCUACAGAGUCAACGUGUUUGACCUCCAGAAGAGACUGGAGAGUGACAGAGUGCAGUUCUUCCUGGGGGACCUCUGUGACAAAGAGGCUCUGCUCCCAGCCCUGAGAGGCUCCUGGGUGGUGUUCCACUGUGCCUCCCCAGCCCCUUCCAGUGACAACAGGGAACUCUUCUACCAGGUGAACUUCCUGGGGACCAAAGCAGUCAUUGAAGCCUGCAAAGAAGCUGGAGUGCAGAAACUGGUGUUAACUAGCAGUGCCAGUGUGGUUUUUGAGGGCACAGACAUAAAAAAUGGAUCAGAAGAUCUCCCUUAUGCAAGAAAACCCAUCGACUACUACACAGAGACCAAGAUCCUCCAGGAGAAGGAGGUGCUGAGUGCAAACGACCCAGACAACAAUUUCCUCACUGCUGCCAUUCGUCCCCAUGGGAUCUUUGGUCCUAGAGACCCUCAGCUGGUUCCUAUCCUCAUCCAAGCAGCCAAGAGUGGCAAAAUGAAGUUCAUAAUUGGGGAUGGGAAGAACUUGGUGGACUUCACCUAUGUGGAAAACGUGGUCCAUGGACACAUCCUGGCUGCAGAGAAUCUCCAGAAGGGCUCUCCCCUGUGUGGGAAGGCUUUCCAUAUCACAAAUGAUGAACCAGUUCCUUUCUGGGCUUUCCUGUCCCGCAUCUUGACUGGCCUGAACUACGACCCCCCCAAGUACCACAUCCCCUACUGGCUGGCCUAUCACCUGGCCCUCAUCCUGUCCCUGGUGCUGUGGCUCCUCAGUCCCCUGGUCACCAUCAAGGCCACCUUUACCCCCAUGAGGGUGGCUUUGGCUGGGACCUUUCACUAUUACAGCUGUGAAAGGGCCAAAAGGGACAUGGGCUACAAGCCAGUGGUGAGCCUGGAUGAGGCCAUAGCCAGGACUCUGCAGAGCUACCCCCACCUACGUCGGGCUGAGAGCUCCUAGAUGGAUUUCUU